CCAGUCUUUUUUUAACAGCUUUUAAUAAGUUUUGCAACAUUGUAACGUAAUGAACUAAAAUGGAUUAUGUUGAUAUCAACAGUCGUUUAAAUGUUUACUGUUUUUGUAAACAUUUUUGAGAAAACACGAAAUGCCACCAUUUAAACGUGAUACUCAUAGUUUCUAUAAAUGAUGUAAUUAUUUCAUUUCUUUAUACUUAAACAGUUCAAAUGUCAAGUCCUAAGCUUCGUAUGAUAACAGUAUUUGUCAUCAAUAUAAAGUUAAACUUAUUAUGCUGAUGUGCAAUGAUUGGCAUCAUUGCGUUUUCUAACUAAUUUGCAUGGUUAUAUAUUUUAUUUAAGCGUGUGGAAUAUUUUACAGAUUGUAGGGAAUUGUAAUUGCAAACUUUUCAUUUUAAUCUUGAGGCAAAGCAUGAAUUUUCCUUGUGUAUUCAUUCAUGUAUAUUUGUGAUUUAUUUACACAGACAUUCGCCAACUCUGUUUUCAAAGGUGCCAAAUUUUCUUGUGAUCGUUUUCGCCAUGCAUUGUUGAGAGACUUGCGGAAGAUGGAUGUUCAACAGCUGUAUCUUCAUCUAGGCUCAAAUGACAUUCUUACGAAUGAAGCGGUGUUUUACCGAGAUGUAGCUGACUUGUGCGAUUUGGUGCAUCAGGAGGCGCACAAUCGGUGUCCAGAAUGCAGGGUUGUUUGCUCCAACGAAGACGCUUUGCUGAGCCACUUCUGCAGUCGCGAAAUCAAGCAACCAGAGACUGGAAAAGAGAGUAAAAUUAAGCUGAUAGGCUCACCAAUGGUAUGACUUUAAAUCACUAACUUGUGUAUGCUUGACAAGCAUUUUAUGUACAAAUAAAGUAACAAAAA